AUGUUCACUAAGAUUCUCCUCAUCACGGUAGCAGUAGCGGCGGUCGCUGCACAGGAUCACCAUCACCACGAACACCACGGCCACGCCUCCUCCUCACAGAGCAUCAAGCAGCACCACGGCAAAGCCACAGAGAAACACGUCGAGUACUAUUCUCACCCUAAGUACGAGUUCGCGUACAAAGUGGUGGACCCUCACACCGGCGACAAGAAGUCACAGCAUGAAUCAAGGGACGGUGACGUCGUGAAGGGCGUGUACAGUCUACACGAAGCUGAUGGCACAGUCCGAGUUGUUGAGUACCAUGCCGAUAAGAAGACUGGAUUCAACGCCAACGUCCAAAGGAAAGGUCACGCCCAACAUAUCGUCCCAGAACAUCAUCAUCAUCACUAA